GGCUAGGCCCGUUGGAGGCGGCGCGCUUUAGGGAGUGGUACUCGGUUCUGAGAUCUGCUUGUCAGUCCAGUGCCGGUCUGGCCAACCCCCGCAGCAAGGAUGCUCCUGGGGGUCCGGAGAGGCGGCAAGAGGCAGUUUAAACACAUCAUCCGUGGCCUUCUCCCUGCAGCCAGCAUCGCACCGAAGCCAGCUGUGCCCCGCACACCUCCUCCACGUGGCCCCAGCCCCUCUCCAGAGAGACCAAGAUCUGCUCUGGCUGCAGCCAUUCUAGCAACAACAUUGACUGGCCGGACUUUUGCCAUUCCUCAGCCUCGCCGGAGAUCCCACUCUGAGAGUGACACGACCUACCUUGAAAAGGACAGUUUCAUCGAGCCCUAUGCCACCACCUCGGAGCUGAGGCAUCGACCACACAGGCAGAAUGAGACGGGAAGAAGAUCCUCUUUGCCAUCCUUUGAAAUGCUGGGCUACGAGGAGGAAGAGGACUCUGACACCUACCUGUCAGGCAGCCACAGGGAGUCGGGGGACACAAGUGCUCGCAAAGAAGAGGGAAGCAUCAGCGACGCCGUGUAUGCCGUGCCACACAGAAACCAGGUUCCAUCGUCACAUGAGGUGGACAGUGGAGAUGAGGAAAAUAUUUCUGAACAAGAUGGGUUUCCAGGCUCACCUGUUCCACCAGAGCAUACACAAGAAAAAGAUGGUAAACAUUCUAUUCUGAAUUUAAAGGAUGAAAAACCAUCAUUGUGUGGAAAACCUCCACCCUCUCCAGAUGUAAAUGGUAGAACACAUCGAAGACAUAUAGAAAUAACCAAAGAAAAGUUCGAGGAAUUAAAAGAAGACAAUUUGCAUCUAAACAAUGCAAAUCAAACCCUUACUCUUGAACUUAACAUAAUAAAAAAAACAAUGAAAGAACUACAGUUAAAACUUAAAAGGAUGGAAAAAGAAAAUGGAAAGCUGAAAGAAGUUGAGAAAGCAUCCUCUCAGGAAGUAGUCGCUGCACCUGAAUUACAUUAUCUAAGAAAACAAGCUCAAGAACUGGUGGAUGAAAAUGAUGGAUUGAAAAUGACUGUUCAUUGUUUGAAUGUAGAACUGAGUAGAUAUCAAACAAAAUUCAGGCAUUUAUCCAAGGAAGAGAGUUUAAAUAUUGAAGGCCUCCCAUCAAAGGGCCCUGUACCGCCCUGGCUGGUGGAUACAAAGUACCUGUCCCCCUUGUUGCUGGCCUAUGAAGACAGAAUGAAAGAGAAGGACGAGCUCAAUGCCAGCCUUCAGGAGGAAAUGAGAACGUUUAAGAUGAGAGUCCAAGAAGUGGUGAAAGAAAAUGAAGAACUGCACCAAGAGCUGAAUAAGAAUAGUCUUGUCACCAGUGAGGAAUGGCGUCAGCUUCAGACUCAAGCAGAACUGGUUUUAGAGGAAAACAAGUUGUUGAUAGAGCAGUUGGAGAUUCAGCAAACAAAAGCCAAGGACACGCACCAGGAGCGUCUCCAGGAAGUUUCUAAACUGACUAAACAGCUAAUGCUUCUGGAGGCUAAAACACAGAGCCAAGAAAAGGAGCUAACUAAAAGUAAGGAGCAAUUGGAAAUUUUGCGGACGGAAUGCCAGGAGCUAAAACUACAGUUGGACAGCAAAGUUGCAAUAGAAGUGCACACUUCAAUUGUAAAUGAAUUAAAAAGCCAGUUGCAGAAGGAAGAAGAGAAAGAAAACGCGGAGAUGGAAGAGUUGAUGGAAAAGUUGGCAGCCCUGCAAGUGCAGAAAAAGAGCCUGCUAUUAGAGAAGAAAAAUCUGACGGCUAAAAACAAGGCGCUGGAAGCUGAACUCGAAAAGGCACAGAAAAUAAAUAGGAGAUCUCAGAAGAAAAUUGAUGUCUUCAAAAAGCAGGUGGAAAAAGCCAUGGAGAACGAAAUGUCUGCUCACCAGUACCUGGCAAAUCUUGUCGUCCUGGCAGAGAAUAUAACCCAAGAACGUGACAAUCUUAUGUAUUUGGCUAAAUGUUUAGAAAGUGAGAAGCAUGGAGUUCUCAACAAAAUCAUUGAAGGCAAUAUUCGCUUGGGAAGGUUGGAGGAAAAAGUCAAGGGGUACAGGAAGCAGGCGGCCCUGAAGAUGGGUGACAUCAGUCACCGUCUGACAGAGCAGCAGGAAGACUUUGCUAGCAAGACAGCUCAGUACCAGCAGGAGAUGAGACACCUCCAUCGGAUGCUGCAGGACAAGCAGGAUGUCCUGGACCAGGCGCUGCAGCAGAAAAGAGAAAUGGAAGGUGAGCUUGACGUUGUUUGGGAGUCCACCUCCAAGGAAAACCGAAGGAUCCGAGAACUUCUCCAGGCCACACUGGAGAGGACAGGCCCGUGGGACAACACCAGAGCUUUCGCGGACCACUGCCUGGACGGCAUCUCUCAGGGAGACAUGCAGGACGGCUGCCGCUUCAGCUUCUGUGACCUGAAGCCGCCUCCCACCUCCCACCAGGGUCUGCCGGAGCCCCUGGGCUAGGGCCCCUCUGUGGAGAGGUCUGCCCUAUGCAGGACAGGGAGCGCGGAGGAGAGGGCAGACUCCCGCCCACCACUGCAGCGUUUCUUCUCCUCAGGGCAAGGAAGAAAUACUGUCUCAGAAAUUUAACCUGCUUUUUUACAUUUUGCUUUAUUUUAAAAAUGUGCUGCUGAACUAUAUUUAGCCAGUGCACAUCCUCUGACCCCAUUGCCACCGAGCCAGGCUCUGUGAGAUCCAUUGCUCAGGCUAACAGGUGACCUGGCAAGCUGGCCUGUCUCCGGGCUCCUAGGUCUGCGCUGGGAAAGCCCCAGAGGGAAGGGCGGGCAGGCCCGAGCUCUCAACCUGUGUGUUUGAUGAGUUAGUUUCAUUGGCUGAGCCGUCGAUGGAAGCCCCAGCGAUGAGACCUGUGCAUUCACUCUGGGUGAUAUUUUACUGUUUGGCAAAAAACAGGUGCUGGUCUUCGUGCCCCAGUAGGUUGUACAAAAUCUGUCCUGCCCUCUCCCCGAGCCCUUCCCUGUCCUCCUGGAAAGGUAAUUUUUCUGGGGCCACGUAACCUCACUCCCCUUCUGAGAGCCUUGACUUUGAGCACCAAGGUGGGAUCCCUGCCCCACUGCCACCACCGAGAAGGAUGCCGGGGCCGUAGUCCAGCUCCACCCUGUGCCAUCUCCUCAGGUAGAUCAUCCCUGCCUCCAGGACCGUUCCUGGGACUCCUGGCGGUAAUGCCAGCUGUCUAGGGCUGCUUGUCCCCGGCAUGCUGGAAGAAGGCUACAAAGGAUCCUAAACAGUGUAUGGAGGGUAGAAUCCUGUCAUACCCUUUUACCAAACCCCUCAUAGCUAAGGCCUGUGUGGUUUCAGGUGUGCAGAUAGACCCAGCGUUGGUCCCUGGUCAUAUAUAAAAGUUACACACAUGUGUUCUUUGAUUGCUAAGUGGGAAGUUGACAUAGAAAAUCAUCGUUCUUUUACAUUUUAAAAGAG